AUGGCACCAGCUGGCUGGUAUCCGAUUCAGCCGACGGGUGUCGCUGCAGCGAUUCUCGGUGUUGCUAUCACGUUUUCCAUUCUCAGUACGAUCGUUAUAGCCUUGAGAGUAUGGACACGCUUCAAGAUGAGGAUGUUCUCGGUGGAGGACUGGCUCAUGUGUAUUGGUUAUGUCAUCAAUAUGGUACACAACUCCGUCAUCGCGUACGGCACAUUCACUGGCUUGGGUACACCAGACUCGGAUAUUCCCAGCCCAUUGAUUCUCAUGGAGGGCUACAAGACCGUAUUCCUGUGGCAAACUUUCUUCCUCAGCGGCUUCGUUUUCAUUAAAUGCAGCAUCUGCUUGACCCUCCUUCGUAUCGCCGUUAUCAGUUGGCACAAAACCACACUCUGGGUUCUGAUCGCAGUCACAUCCGUCUCCAGCGUUUUCGUCACCUUCUACGUCCUCUUGCAAUGUCGACCGAUCCCAGCAGCCUGGGGCGAGGUUGAAGGCACAUGCGCUGACAACACCAUCACUGUCGCCAUCACCUUCAUUAUCUCGGCCCUUAACCUUAUCACAGAUGUGACCACGGCUGUUCUGCCGUUUCUCAUGCUCAGACAUGUUCAGAUGUCGCGCCAGAAGAAGAAUGCAGUCGUGGCCAUCCUCUCGCUUGGUGUCCUUGCAUCGAUUGCAACGAUCGCCCGCUUGCCGUUCGCCACCGCGUAUUUUGCGAAGACCGACUACCUAGUCGGUAUUGGCCAUAUCAUCCUCUGGACCGUCAUCGAAUGCGACCUUGCGCUGAUAGCCGGAUCCUUGCCAAUGCUGCGGACCCUCUUCAAGGGCCUGAAGGACCGAUCGUCCAACAAGGACCGAUACGUACAGUCUUCCGAGCUCAUGACGAUCGGGCGCAGCGGCAACGGAAGAAGCGCGCGGGGCUACGUCAGGCACGAUGAUGAGGCAAGCAGCGAAGGGAAGAGCGAGAGCAUGCGGGAUAUUGUUGUUAAACACGAGCAGGUCAUUGUCCGCGAAGACCGAGAUCCAAACGAGGAACAGUUGGAACCUUCGUACAAUGCCAGGACAUAUGUAUGA